UAAAAAGAUUCGUUAGGGUUUUUAUUUGUUGGAUGAUGGCUCGGUUGAUUCUACCAUGCAAAGGUUCGGGUUUGUCGAAGACAUGUAUCUUGGGUUUGAUCUCCUCUGCUCAUCAGUUUCAGACCUCUUGUCCUGUCAGAUCUACCGGGCAGUCAGCUAAAAAUAUCUCCAGAUAUAGGAAUUACCUAAGCUUGGAGGUUGCACAUCAGAAGUUUCAUUGGUUUCCUUAUCCUUCAUUAUCAAGGGCCAAACAAUUCAGCAGGAGGCUAAUUUGUUCAGUUGGAACAGAAGCUGCACCGAAGCAAGUCGAAGAAUCCAAAAUGGACACGCCCAAAGAAGUUUUUUUAAAAGAUUACAAGUUGCCUGAUUACUACUUUGAUACGGUGGAUUUAAAAUUCUCACUGGGUGAGGAGAAAACAAUUGUCUGCUCCAGCAUAACUGUCUACCCCGGGGUCGAAGGCUGCACUUCUCCAUUGGUAUUGGAUGGGCAAGAUAUGAAGCUGGUUUCAAUCAAGGUCAAUGGCAAGGAUCUGAAGGAGGAAGAUUUCCACCUGGAUUCACGCCAUUUGACUCUCUCAUCCCCUCCAAGUGGUAAAUUUACGCUGGAAAUUGUUAACGAGAUAUGUCCACAGAAGAACACAUCAUUAGAGGGACUUUACAAGACAUCUGGUAAUUUCUGUACACAAUGCGAAGCAGAGGGUUUCAGGAAAAUUACAUUCUAUCAGGAUCGUCCUGAUAUUAUGGCGAAAUACACUUGUCGCAUUGAAGCUGAUAAGUCAUUGUACCCUGUGUUGUUGUCUAACGGAAAUCUCAUAGAGCAAGGAGACAUGGAGGGUGGCAGACAUUAUGCUCUUUGGGAGGAUCCCUUCAAGAAACCUUGCUAUCUUUUUGCUUUAGUUGCCGGGCAAUUGGAGAGCAGAGAUGACACAUUUAUUACUCGUUCAGGUCGUAAGGUUUCUCUUAGAAUCUGGACCCCAGCACAUGAUAUACCAAAAACUGAGCACGCCAUGUAUUCUCUCAAGGCAGCUAUGAAAUGGGAUGAGGAUGUUUUUGGUCUUGAGUAUGACUUGGAUCUGUUUAAUAUCGUAGCUGUCCCAGAUUUUAACAUGGGAGCCAUGGAAAACAAGAGCUUGAAUAUAUUCAAUUCCAAGCUUGUCUUGGCAUCCCCAGAAACUGCUACAGAUGCAGAUUAUGCUGCGAUUUUAGGAGUUAUUGGCCAUGAGUACUUUCACAACUGGACUGGCAACAGAGUGACAUGUCGAGACUGGUUCCAGCUUAGUCUGAAGGAAGGUCUCACUGUUUUCCGUGAUCAGGAAUUUUCAUCCGACAUGGGGAGCCGUACGGUUAAGCGGAUUGCUGAUGUUUCGAAGCUUCGAAAUUAUCAGUUUCCCCAGGAUGCUGGUCCCAUGGCUCAUCCUGUACGGCCACAUUCUUACAUUAAGAUGGACAAUUUCUACACAGUGACGGUGUAUGAAAAGGGAGCUGAAGUUGUGAGGAUGUACAAGACCCUAUUGGGUGGUCAUGGAUUUAGAAAAGGCAUGGAUCUGUAUUUCAAGAGGCAUGAUGGACAAGCUGUAACAUGUGAAGAUUUCUUUGCUGCCAUGCGAGAUGCAAAUGAGGCGGAUUUUGCUAAUUUCCUUUUGUGGUAUUCUCAAGCUGGAACCCCUCUUGUGAAGGUCACUUCAUCCUACAAUGCUGAGGCUCAUACGUAUUCUUUGAAGUUUAUUCAAGAGGUGCCGCGGACUCCAGGGCAGCCAGUGAAAGAACCUAUGUUCAUUCCUGUGGCAGUAGGUCUGCUGGACUCAAGUGGCAAAGACAUGCCUCUUUCCUCUGUGUAUCAUGAUGGGAAGUUGGAAUCUGUUGCGUGUGGUGAUCAGGCUGUCUACAGUACAGUUCUUAAAAUAACAAAGAAAGAAGAAGAAUUUGUCUUCUCGGAUAUCUCCCAGCGACCAAUUCCAUCUUUGUUGAGGGGAUACAGUGCUCCUAUCCGACUUGACUCUGAUCUAUCUGACAGCCAUCUGUUUUUCCUUCUUGCUCAUGAUUCAGAUGAGUUCAACCGUUGGGAAGCUGGACAGAUACUAGGAAGGAAGCUGAUGCUCAGCUUGGUUGCUGAUUUCCAACAAAAUAAACCAUUGGCUCUGAAUCCACAGUUUGUGCACGGGUUCAGAUGUAUACUCCGGGACUCUAGUUUAGACAAGGAAUUCAUUGCUAAGGCAGUAACUCUGCCUGGUGAAGGAGAGAUCAUGGACAUGAUGGAAGUUGCCGAUCCAGAUGCUGUUCAUGCAGUUCGGUCUUUCAUCAAAAAGCAGCUUGCUUCCGAACUGAAAGAAGAGUUUCUGAGCAUGGUGAAAAACAACAGGAGCUCAGAGCAGUAUGAGUUUGACCAUCCGAAUAUGGCGAGGCGUGCUCUUAAGAACAUUUCACUUGGAUAUCUUGCAUCAAUUGAAGAGCCAGAGCUAACUGAGCUUGCAUUGAAUGAAUAUAGAACUGCCACAAAUUUGACUGACCAAUUUUCAGCUCUUGCUGCCAUAGCUCAAAAUCCUGGAAAGGCCCGUGAUGAUGUUCUGGCUAACUUUUAUAGCAAGUGGCAGGAUGACUUCUUGGUUGUGGCUAAAUGGUUCUCUCUUCAAGCCAUGUCUGACAUUCCUGGGAAUGUCGAGAAUGUUAGGAAACUCCUAAGCCAUCCAGCAUUUGACCUGUGCAAUCCAAACAAGGUGUAUGCUCUAAUUGGUGGAUUUUGUGGGUCUCCUGUGAAUUUUCAUGCUAAAGAUGGCUCAGGGUACAAAUUCUUGGGGGAAAUGGUGGUGCAGUUGGACAAACUGAAUCCUCAGGUUGCCUCACGCAUGGUCUCAGCCUUCUCUAGAUGGAAGCGAUAUGAUGAAACCCGUCAAGGCCUUGCCAAGGCCCAGUUGGAGAUGAUCAUGUCCGCAAAUGGACUCUCAGAAAACGUGUUUGAGAUUGCUUCGAAAAGUUUGGCUGCUUAAAGUUUUUUCUUUACCUGUUUGUGACAAGAACAUACCUGUUGUGUUUUUGCUGGAAUUGCCAUAUGAUAAGUGGUUAGACUACCGCAUACUUGUGCGUUCAAACAAAUAUGUGUCUUGUUUUCGAAGAAACUAGAGUGGAUCUUUGGUAAUAAGAUUCGGGUUGAUAGUUUCA